AUGUCUGACGAAGUGCCUUUCCAUAUCCAAGAGGCAAUCCUAAAAAGGCUUCCUAUCAAAUCAUUGAUUCAGUUUAGAUCCGUCUCAAGAACAUGGAAGUCUUUGAUCGACAGCUCAGAGUUUAUUGCUGCUCACAGCGUCAGCCAUUCUCAGCCACAACAUCUGUUUGUAUCGUACACAGACACAAAAGAAGAUAAAUAUAUUUCUUUUCUCGAUGAUGACUCUUUCCCCCAACAUAGGUUUGUUCCUUCUCUUCCCCUGUCCGUUAGACAUCCGCACAUAGUUGGUAGUUCUUAUGGCUUGUUGUGUUUCAAAGGUUAUCAGUUUUCUGGUUCCACCUAUAGAAGGACGAUGGCUGUUCUUUUGAAUCCUUCCAUUAGAAAAUCAAUAGCUAUUACUCUGCCUGAUAUGUUAUAUAAGAAUCAUAAAAUCGUUCUUGGUUUUGGAGUUUGUCCUCUCACUAUUGAUACCAAGAUCGUCCACAUCACUCAAAUGCGUUGGGGUUGGGGGAGUGAACUGAGAAGCGAAAUUGGCAACUUUUGGGAAGUUAAGGUUUAUAAGAAAAGUUCGGGGAAAUUUACAAGUCUAUCUAGCAAUCUCCCUAGUAUGUCAAUACACAUUAUAGGGCCCCAGGUGGUUAUUGGUAAGUCUAUCUACUGGUGUGCUGUAGAUUGUGCAACUGUGGAUAGUGUGUUAAAAACUCGUAAUCUGAUUAUGUCAUUUGAUCUAACUAAUGAGAAUUUUGAAGUAGUAGACCUCCCCGAUAGGAUAGCUGUCCUCCCUCUCUCACAGUUUUCUGUUUCUAAGUUAAGGGAGUCUCUUGUCAUGGUUGAAUACAAUAGACGCGGAUAUGAUCCAACCGAUGUGGAGCAAGUUUGUUGUACUGUAUGGAUGGUGGAGCGUGGUGUAGAAAGCUCGUUUACUAAGCUAUUCAAUAUCAAGGCACCAGGUGACUUGAUGAGGGCAGUGGGUUUUACCAGGAAGGGCGGACCUAUUAUGGAACUCCAAGAGUAUGCCUUUGACUCAACUGAAGAGCUUGUUGUUUAUGAGCCUAACUCAGAACUAAGCAAUAAUCUGAUUAGUGGGUCUUCAUUCACAGUGAAUUCCUACAUUGAAACACUAGUUUUGCUCGGUAGUUCUGAUUGUAGUAGCUAUUGA